AUGGGCUCCCCAGGGGCCACAGCAGGCUGUGGGCUUCUGGAUUACAAGAUGGAGAAGUGGGCUCUCCUCGCCAAAAAAGGCUACCAGGAGCGGGACCUGGAACCCCAGAUUUCCAUCAUCACCAAACUCAAAGGGGCUUCCGUGACUCAGAUCAAGGAGCUUGGAAACCGGCUGUGGGAUGUGGCCGACUUCGUGAAGCCGCCUCAGGGAGAGAACGUGUUCUUCUUGGUGACCAACUUCCUUGUGACGCCAGCCCAAGUUCAGGGCAGACGCCCAGAGAUACAGGGUCUUGCUAUGUUGCCCAGGCUGGAGUGAAGAGGCUAUUCACAGGUAUGAUCAAGCACACUACAGCCUUGAGCCUCCUAGGCUCAAGCCAUCCUCCCAACUCAGCUUCCUGAGUAACUGGUACACGCCUGUACCACCAUUCCCAGGUAAUAAAGUCUAUUUUUA